AUGCUGCUGGAAGUAAACGUGGAUAGGAAAUUGAAGGAUGGGGUGGGGGAAGAAAAGCUCGUUUUAAGAUAUUUGUUGAGUGUUAGUGACACGAGGCCUGUGAUUUAUGACAGGGAUCCCAAAAAAGUCAACAGCAGUCUUAAGGUCAUGUUUGAGGAUGUGAUUGCAGAACCCCCCUCUGUGCGGAGCUUUGAUAAAGUGUGGCUAUGGAGUCACGCCCUGUUUGAGGUAUCCAGACUAUGGUGCUACCGAUUCAUCUCUCUCCUGCUGGCUGUGCCAGUCUCACUGGCAGCAGGGCUCCUCUUUGCUGUGCUCAGCUGCCUGCAUAUCUGGUUGAUCGUGCCAUGUGUGCAGCUCCUUCUCAUCAAUAUGCGCUGGGUUCAGACUGUGUGGGCCAGCAUACUGAACAUUUUUAUCAGUCCAUUCUUUACCAGUAUUGGAAAGUGCUGUGGUCAAGUCACCAUCCUUCUGGCAAAAGAUGAAAACUGA